AUGGAAGCAGAGACAGGGAACACCAUGGAGACUGGAAAGGGGAACAACCGAGGCAUUCGAAUUGCACUGGCCCUGUUCAUUGGUGGCACCCUGGUGCUGGGCACACUGCUCUUUCUAGUGAGUCAAGGUCUCCUAAGUUUCCAGUCUAAACAGGAGUACUGCCUGAAGCCAGAGUGCAUAGAAGCCGCUGCUGCCAUUAUGAGCAAAGUAAAUCUUUCUGUGGAUCCUUGUGAAAAUUUCUUCCGGUUUGCUUGUGAUGGCUGGAUAAGCAAUAACCCAAUUCCUGAAGACAUGCCAAGCUAUGGAGUUUAUCCUUGGCUGAGACACAAUGUUGAUCUCAAGUUGAAGGCACUUCUGGAGAAAUCAGUCAGCCGAAGGCGGGACUCUGAAGCUGUACAGAAGGCCAAAAUCCUUUAUUCAUCCUGCAUGAAUGAAAAAGCUAUUGAAAAAGCAGAUGCCAAGCCACUGCUCCACAUCUUGCGGCAUUCACCUUUCCGUUGGCCAGUGCUUGGAGCUAAUAUUGGUCCUGAAGGAGUUUGGUCAGAGAGAAAAUUCAGUUUACUGCAAACACUUGCAACGUUCCGAGGUCAAUACAGCAAUUCUGUGUUCAUCCGUCUGUAUGUGUCUCCUGACGACAAGGCAUCCAAUGAACAUAUCUUGAAGCUGGACCAAGCAACACUCUCCCUGGCUGUGAGGGAAGACUUCUUGGAUAAUAGCACCGAAGCCAAAUCUUAUCGGGAUGCCCUUUACAAAUUCAUGGUGGACACUGCUGUGCUUUUAGGAGCUAAUAGAUCUCGAGCUGAACAUGACAUGAAGUCAGUGCUUAGACUGGAAAUUAAGAUAGCUGAGAUAAUGAUUCCACAUGAAAACCGAACCAGUGAGGCCAUGUAUAACAAAAUGAACAUUUCAGAGCUCAGUGCUAUGAUUCCCCAGUUUGACUGGCUGGGCUAUAUCAAGAAGGUCAUUGAUACCAGACUCUACCCACACUUGAAAGACAUCGGCCCCUCGGAGAAUGUGGUGGUCCGCGUCCCACAAUACUUUAAAGAUUUGUUUAGGAUAUUAGGCUCUGAGAGGAAGAAAACCAUUGCCAACUAUUUGGUGUGGAGAAUGGUUUAUUCCAGAAUUCCAAACCUCAGCAGGCGCUUUCAAUAUAGAUGGCUGGAAUUUUCAAGGGUAAUCCAGGGGACCACAACUCUGCUGCCUCAGUGGGACAAGUGUGUUAAUUUUAUUGAAAGUGCCCUCCCUUAUGUUGUGGGGAAAAUGUUUGUGAAUGUUCAUUUCCAGGAGGAUAAGAAGGAAAUGAUGGAGGAAUUGAUUGAGGGUGUUCGCUGGGCCUUUAUUGACAUGCUGGAGAAAGAAAAUGAAUGGAUGGAUGCAGGAACAAAAAGGAAAGCCAAAGAAAAGGCAAGAGCUGUUUUGGCAAAAGUUGGCUAUCCAGAGUUCAUAAUGAAUGAUACUCAUGUUAAUGAAGACCUCAAGGCAAUCAAAUUUUCGGAAUCGGACUACUUUGGCAAUGUACUGCAAACCCGCAAGUAUUUAGCACAGUCUGAUUUCUUCUGGCUAAGAAAAGCUGUUCCCAAAACAGAGUGGUUUACAAAUCCAACAACGGUCAAUGCCUUUUACAGUGCAUCCACCAACCAGAUACGAUUUCCUGCUGGCGAGCUGCAGAAGCCUUUCUUUUGGGGAACAGAAUAUCCUCGAUCCCUGACUUAUGGUGCUAUAGGAGUAAUUGUGGGACAUGAAUUUACACAUGGAUUUGAUAAUAAUGGCAGAAAAUAUGAUAAAAAUGGAAACCUUGAUCCUUGGUGGUCUGUGGACUCAGAAGAAAAGUUUAAGGAAAAAACAAAGUGCAUGAUUAACCAAUAUAGCAACUAUUAUUGGAAGAAAGCAGGCUUAAAUGUGAAGGGGAAGAGGACUCUGGGAGAAAAUAUUGCUGAUAAUGGAGGUCUGCGAGAAGCCUUUAGGGCUUACAGGAAAUGGAUAAAUGAUAGAAGACAGGGAGUUGAAGAGCCUCUUCUACCAGGCAUCACCUUCACCAACAACCAGCUCUUCUUCCUGAGUUAUGCUCAUGUGAGGUGCAAUUCCUAUAGACCAGAAGCUGCCAGAGAACAAGUCCAAAUUGGUGCUCACAGUCCUCCACAAUUUAGGGUCAAUGGUGCAGUUAGCAACUUUGAAGAAUUUCAGAAAGCUUUUAACUGUCCACUGAAUGCCACAAUGAACAGAGGAGUUAAUUCCUGUCGACUCUGGUAGCUGGAGUGCUGGUUUCUGCCCUCCUGGCAGAACUGAAGAUUGCCAGUAGAGGUGGCACUAAUGUCUUCAGCACCUCUUACU